AUUAAAGUUCCCCAUGAUUGGCACCAUGGUGACGUAAGCGGUUGGAGCGAAGCUUUUACACCUUGGAGCAUCAGAGCUCAAUUCCGACAUCAUCUGUAAGGAAUCUGCAUGUCUUCCUCGUGAAUGUGUGGGUUUCCUCUGGGUGCUCCGGUUUCCUCCCACAGUCCAAAGACAUACCAGUUACUUCAAAUGUUUUGUAGAGAAGAUAAGCUGACUCAACAAUGGGUGUAAAGGGACUCCAGCAGUUUGUAGAUCACAUCUGCCCAGCUGUGAGAGUAUGGGUAGACCUGAAGGAGAUGGCAGAGCAGUACAGGCACUCCCAUCCUGGACGUUCUCCUGUCGUGAUGGUGGACACCAUGGCAUGUCUGCGAUAUUGGUACACGUCGGAGGCUUGGGUACACGGUGGUCAAUGGCGUGAGUAUUUAGAGAGUCUGAAAUCCUUUGUGAGUGCUUUCUCAGCAGCCAGCAUAGAGCUGGUGUUUGUCUUUGAUGGGGUAAUAGAAGAGAAGAAAAGGGAUGAAUGGAUCAAACGACGUCUGAGGAAUAACCAAGAGAUUGCAACCAUCUUUCAGUACAUAAAAGCAACUGCCUGCCAACCAGGAAGAGAUAUGUUCUUCAUUCCAUCUGGGCUGGCCACCUUCACUCGCUUUGCCUUAAAAUCAUUGGGCUUAAACGUCAUAAAUUCCCUGAAAGAGGCCGAUUAUGAGAUAGCUAGCUACGCAAGGCUAAAUGACGGUAUGGCAAUUCUGAGUCAGGACACAGAUUUCCUCAUUUAUGACACUGUGCCAUACCUCUCUAUAUAUAAUCUGUCCCUGGAUAAGCUAACUACUGUCAUGUACUCUCGUGAAAACCUCUGUCACGCUCUCAGGCUGCAGAUGAUGGACUUACCACUCUUGGCCUGUCUUCUUGGUAACGACAUUGUGCCUGAAAACGUGGUGGGGAGACUGAAGAGCCAGUGCCUGGCUGAAUACUCGCUAGGUGGCCCAAAUGCAAGGCAGAGAAAGGAGAUGGUGGCAGCAGUGGCAUGUUACAUCUCCAGUGUGGACCAUUCGCAUAGGGGCUUGAAAGAGGUGGAAAGAAACCUGCAACACCACUCAGGCGAAAGCUUGCUAGAAAAGGGAGUGGAAAGUUACUUACUGCCUGGGCAGCGCUCACCAUGGCUCCCCCUCAACAAAAUACCUCCUGCGACUCCCCAGUGUGAGAUGCCCAUAUACUCAGACCUUAAGAUUUUACAGUUUGCAAGAGAGAAGCAUUUCAAAGCUGAGAGCUCUAUGGUUUAUAAGAUCUUGAGUACUGGAGAGGUUGACUGCAGCAACACACUGGAAGAUGAGUUGGAUCCAGACCUUCCUGGACAAGCAAUUGUUUAUCGAUCUGCUCGACAGUCUGUUUAUGGCAUUCUUCUAGCAGCUGAAUCAGAAGCCCAGCCUAAUUCUGUCACAUCAUGCCGUACUGUAAAGGAAUGGUUUGUAUAUCCAGGUAACCUGCUCCAGCAGCCAGAUCUUGUGCCAGCUCUACCACCAGAACUACCAGGAGGAAUUCCAGAUUUACAAACCUUGUGGCUAACAGAGGGAUCAGUGGUUGAGGAAUUGCGCUAUCGCACAUUUCUCGCGUGCUUUGGCAUACAGGAUUUUAUUGAGGAAUUUCAGCAUCUGGAAGAUCCCACAAUUACUGCGGUUUGCUGCCUACUCACCUAUAUCACACUGCAAGUCAGCACAUUAUCUCUGGAGGACCUGAAUGCAUAUUUGGCCCAAAUGCUAUGUAUUCAAGAGAAGUCAGCUGACCAUCUCAGUCAGAUACAGGUGCCCUGUGUUGAUUCACGAGCUGUGCACCUGGCUUCCCUUUUUAUACGGGGCCUGGCUAUGCUCAUUUCAAUUAACAGUGCUUGUGGCUUCCCAUUUAAAAUGGUCGAUCUGAUGCCAUGGGAGGUGUUUGAUGGGAAGCUUUUCCAUACAAAGUACCUGCAGUCUCACAGUGGAAGUACAAUGGAGGACCUCCUGGAAAAGAACGAUGUGAUGGUUCACAAGUUUCAGAAGCUAAAGGCCCUCAUUAACACUGUAUGUGCAGGGAAGAAUAGGAUUAUACAGAGCCAGCCUUGGCCUCUUGUCCCAGGAAGAAGAAUGCCUGACUUCCAUGGUAGGGGUAGCCAUCACACUUUCCAGGGUGCACACUCCACCCAUCGCCCAUGGUAUCAGGGACGAUAUCCACAGCCUCGUUGGACCAACUCAGCCCAAAGAGGUAGAAGACCUCGAGUUCGGCCAGGGUUCUGCCACAGGAGACCACUGUAGAUUUACGAUUCAAUUACAAUGGCUGAUACUCAAUCUGGAAUCGAAUUAAGAGGUGGUAAAACUCUUCCUGAAGUUAAACAAACAAAGAAAUCAGAGGAAGUCUCUACUUCAGAAAGAAUGCUUUCUUUAAUAGAAGCUAUUAAUGCUAAGAUCGGUAUGGUGGACACCAAGAUCGAUAAACUGACGAACGCUAAUGAAAAGCUUGCAAAAACCAUUUUCGCUGUUCAGGAAUCUUUGAAGAAUCUGGAAGUUCAAUAUCAUACGUUUAACCAGAUUACUCAUAGAAUUGAAAGAGAACAGGAGUUAAUGAGUCAAACAAUUAAAGAACCCAAGAAUUGAAAAUGUCUUUAAUGGAAAAGAAAAUUAAUGAGGUUACUUCGGAGUUAUCAAGAAUUAAGAAGAAAAUGAUCGAUCUGGAAAGCAGAAGUCGCAGGAUGAAUUUAUGCAUACUGGGUUUGCCUGAUAAUACGGAAACCAGUGAGCCAUUAAAGUUCUUUUCAAACAUGUUAUAUUCAAUUUUUAGUGAGAUUCUUGAAGCCUGUCCGAUACUGAACAGAGCCCACCGAAUUCCACAUCCUAAGCCUUCAGCCGAAAUGAAACCUUGUCCUGUGGUAUUAUGUUUGCAUUAUUUUACAAACAGAGAAGGUAUUCUUUGGCAUGCAAGCAAAACAUACAUAGGCAUCCAUUAGUCUUGCGAGACCAUGGAUCUGUGCCUGGAAAGUCUUCACUCUCCAGGGCACAGGCCUGGGCAAGGUUGUAUGGAAGAGCAGCAGUUGCCCAUGCUGCUAGUCUCCCCUCUCCACGACACCGAUGUUGUCCAAGGGAAGGGCAUUAGGACCCAUACAGCUUGGCACUAGUGUCGUCGCAGAGUAAUGUGUGAUUAAGUGCUUUGCUCAAGGACACAACACGUUGCCUCAGCUAGGGCUCAAACUCACGACCUUCAGGUCGCUAGUCCAAUGCCUUAACCACUUGGCCACUUGCAAGGAAAAGGGAUAAGCUAAUUUAUAACGGAGUAAAGAUUCGUAUAGUUGAAGUUCUUACCCCAGAGAUUUAUUUUGAAAGAAUUAAAUAUCGGGAAGUCAUGGCUGAACUUUAUAAGAUCAACUGUCGUCCCUGUCUGUGUUAUCCGGCUCAUCUGAUAAUUACUCCACCUAAUACUCGUCCAAAACGGAUUGAUUCCCCAGAAGACGGUUGGAAAUUUAUAAAUGAGUUUAAGCCCAUUUCGCAAGCAAUUUGAAAAGUUAAUCCUUAGCUGGGAGCUGUUUGUAGCGGCUUCGAUGAAAGUCUGUUCCACAUUUUAUGAGUGCCCAGACAUGGAGUUGGUUGAUUUACUUAGAUCUGUUGCUGUUUGCUUUAAUAGUUAAUGUAGCUUUGGAUUUUAUGUAUAUAUAUAUACACUUACUUAUUUUUCUCUUUGAUUUAUAAGUCUUUAACAUUAGUUGUAGUAUAUUAGUUGGUGCAGCUCCUCAGAGGCCAUGUUAGGGAUCUGGAGCUGCAGCUUGAUGACCUACUGCUUAUCAGGGAAAGUGAAGAGGUGAUAGACAGGAGCUACAGGGAGGUAGUCAUCCCUAGGCUACAGGGGUCAGAAAACUGGGUCACUGUCAAGAGAGGAAAGGGAACUGGCCGGAUAGUGGAGAGCACACCUGUGGCUGUCCCCCUCAGCAACAAAUAUCUUGUUCUGGAUGCUGGUGAGGGGGAUGACCUGACAGGGGAUACCCACGGUGACCGGGUCUCUGGCACUGAGCCUGGUGCUGUUGUGCAUGAGAGAAGGAGGGAGAGGAGGAAUACGGUAGUCGUAGGGAAUUCUAUAGUCAGGGGAACGGACAGGAGAUUCUGUGAGCCUGACAGAGAUACCCACAUGGUGUGUUGCCUCCCAGGUGCCAGGGUACGGGAUGUUUCGGAUUGGGUCCUGAAUAUUCUGAAGGGGGAGGGUGAGCAGCCAGUUGUCUUGGUACAUGUUGGUACCAAUGACAUAGAUAGGACAAAGGUGGAGGUCCUGAAGAGAGAUUUCCAGGAGUUAGGAAGGAAGCUGAGAAGCAGGACCUCCAGGGUAGUAAUCUCGGGAUUGCUACCUGUGCCACGUGCUAGUGUGGCAAGAAUAGUAGGAUCAAGCAGAUGAAUGCGUGGCUGAGAGACUGGUGCAGGGGGCAGGGCUUCAAAUUCUUGGAUAAUUGGGAUCUCUUCUGGGGGAAUUUUGAUCUUUUCAAAACGGACAGGUUACACCUGAACCCGAAGGGUCCAAUAUCCUGGCAGGAAAGUUUAAUAGAGCUGUUAGGGAGGGUUUAAGCUAAUUUGGCAGGGAAAUGGGGACAGGAAUGACAGAGCGGAGGAAGAGGAAAACAGAAAUAAAUCUAAGACAGUGAGCAGUAAAGAUGUCAGGAAAGACAGGCAGGUGAUGGGGCAAAUUUGGAGCCAUUAGGAUGAGUUGCAGUGCAAUAAAGUUGCAGUGAAAUCAAAGCGAGAAGUAUCAAAUACUGGUCUUAAGAUGUUAUACUUAAAUGCACACAGCAUAAGGAAUAAGGAGGAUAAUCUUGUCGUACAGCUACAGAUUGGCAGGUAUGAUAUUGUGGCCAUCACUGAGACCUGGCUAAAGGAUGCAUGUCUCUGGGAGCUGAACGUCCAAGGAUACACAGUGUAUCAGAAGGAUAGGAAGGUUGGCAGAGGGGGAGGCGUGGCUUCAUUGGUAAGAAAUGAUAUUAAAUCAUUAGAAAGAGGUGAUAUAGGAUCGGAAGGUGCAGAAUCUUUAUGGGUCGAGCUAAGAAAUCGCAGGGGUAAAAGGACCCUGAUGGCAGUUAUUUAUAGGCCUCCAAACAGCUGCAGGGAUGUGGACUACAAAUUACAACAGGAAAUAGAAAAGGCUUGUCAGAAGGGCAGUGUUAUGAUAAUUGUGGGGGAUUUUAACAUGCGAGUGGAUUGGGAAAAUCAGGUCGGCACUGGAUCUCAAGAGAGAGAAUUUGUACAAUUUCUGCGAGAUGGCUUUUUAGAACAGCUUGUUGUUGAGCCCACUAGGGGAUCGGCUGUACUGGAUUGGGUAUUGUAUAAUGAACCGGAGGUGAUUAGAGAGAUUGAGGUGAAGAAACCCUGAGGAGGCAGUGAUCAUAACAUGAUUGAGUUCACUGUGAAAUUUGAAAACGAGAAGCCGAAAUCUGAUGUGUCAGUAUUUCAGUGGAGUAAAGGAAAUUACAAUGGCAUGAGAGAGGAACUGGCCAAAGUUGACUGGAAAGGGACACUGGCGGGAAAGACGGCAGAGCAGCAGAGUUUAUGUGAGAAGUGCAAGACAGGUAUAUUCCAAAAAAGAAGAAAUUUUCGAAUGGAAAAAGGAUGCAACCGUGGUUGACAAGAGAAGUCAAAGCCAAAGUUAAAGCAAACGAGAGGGCAUACAAGGAAGCAAAAAUUAGUGGGAAGACAGAGGAUUGGGAAGUUUUUAAAACCUUACAAAAGGAAACUAAGAAGGUCAUUAAGAGGGAAAAGAUUAACUAUGAAAGGAAGUUAACAAAUAAUAUCAAAGAGGAUACUAAAAGCUUUUUCAAGUAUAUAAAGAGUAGAAGACUGGUGAGAGUAGAUAUAGGACCGAUAGAAAAUGAUGCUGGAGAAAUUGUAAUGGGAGAUAAGGAGUUGGCAGAGGAACUGAAUGAGUAUUUUGCAUCAGUCUUCACUGAGGAAGACAUCAGCAGUAUACCGGACACUCAAGGGUGGCAGGGAAGAGAAGUGUGCGCAGUCACAAUUACGACAGAGAAAGUACUCAGGAAGCUGAAUAGUCUAAAGGUAGAUAAAUCUCCUGGACCAGAUGGAAUGCAUCCGCGUGUUCUGAAGGAAGUAGCUGUGGAGAUUGCGGAGGCAUUAGCGAUGAUCUUUCAAAAGUCGAUAGAUUCUGGCAUGGUUCCGGAGGACUGCUAUUUAAGAAGGGGGCCAGGAAGCAGAAAGGAAAUUAUAGACCUGUUAGCUUGACAUCGGUGGUUGGGAAGUUGUUGGAGUCGAUUGUCUAGGAUGAGGUUACAGAGUACCUGGAGGCAUAUGACAAGAUAGCAGAACUCAGCAUGGAUUCCUUAAAGGAAAAUCCUGCCUGACAAACCUAUUACAAUUUUUUGAGGAAAUUACCAGUAGGCUAGACAAGAGAGAUGCAGUGGAUGUUGUAUAUUUGGAUUUUCAGAAGGCCUUGACAAGUUGCCACACAUGAGGCUACUUAACAAGAUAAGAGCCCAUGGAAUUACGGGAAAGUUACAUACAUGGAUAGAGUGUUGGCUGAUUGGCAGGAAACAGAGAGUGGGAAUAAAGGGAUCCUAUCCUGGUUGGCUGCCAGUUACCAGUGGUGUUCCACAGGGGUCCGUGUUGGGGCCGCUUCUUUUUACAUUGUACAUCAACGAUUUAGAUUAUGGAAUAGAUGGCUUUGUGGCUAAGUUUGCUGACGAUGCGACGAUAGGUGGAGGGGCCGGUAGUACUGAGGAAACAGAGAAUCUGCAAAGAGAGUUGGAUAGAUUGGAAGAAUGGGCAAAGAAGUGGCAAAUGAAGUACAAUGUUGGAAAGUGAAUGGUUAUGCACUUUGGCAGAAGUUAUAAACGGGCAGACUAUUAUUUAAAUGGGGAAAGAAUUCAAAGUUCUGAGAUGCAACGGGACUUGGGAGUCCUCGUACAGGAUACCCUUAAGGUUAACCUCCAGGUUGAGUCGGUAGUGAUGAAGGCGAAUGCAAUGUUAGUAUUCAUUUCUAGAGGAAUAGAGUAUAGGAGCAGGGAUGUGAUGUUGAGACUCUAUAAGGCGCUGGUGACACCUCACUUGGAGUACUGUGGGCAGUUUUGCUCUCCUUAUUUAAGAAAGGAUGUGCUGACAUUGGAGAGGGUACAGAGAAGAUUCAGUAGAAUAAUUCCGGGAAUGAGAGGGUUAACAUAUGAGGAAUGUUUGUCCGCUCUAGUCAGAGGGUAGUGAAUCUAUGGAAUUUGUUGCCACGGGCAGCAGUGGAGGCCAAGUCAUUGGGUGUAUUUAAGGCUGAGAUUGAUCGGUAUCUGCGUAGCCAGGGCAUCAAAGGUUAUGGUGGGAAGGUGGGGGAGUGGGACUAAAUGGGAGAAUGGAUCAGCAUGAUAAAAUGGCGGAGCAGACUCAAUGGGCCGAAUGGCCAACUUCUGCUCCUUUGUCUUAUGGUCUUAUGGUUGGAUUUAUCUUUUUUUGGAUGCAUGGUUACGUAUUUUAAAUGAAUCUAAGAUGGCCGUUGUUAAUUAGGUGUUAACUUUAAAGGCAUCCGCUAGUCUUGCGAUCUGCACCUGGAAAGUCUUCACUCUCCAGGGCUCAGGCCUGGGCAAGGUUGUAUGGAAGACCAGCAGUUGUCCAUGCUGCAAGUCUCCCCUCUCCACGGCACCAAUGUCGUCCAAGGGAAGGGCAUUCGGACCCAUACAGCUUGGCACCAGUGUCGUCGCACAGCAAUGUGUGAUUAAGUGCUUUGCUCAAGGACACAACGCGUUGACUCGGCCGGGACUUGAACUCACGACCUUCAGGUCGCUAGUCCAAUGCUUUAACCACUUGGCCACGUGCCCACUAUUGUUAGACAUAAUAUGAAAAUAUUUGGAAUUUGUUUAUUUCUUUAUGUAACCUUUGUUAUGUCUUUUUGGUGGUGGUAAUGUAUUACUUUGUAAGCAGGGGCUGCUGACUGAGACAGAAGUCAAGAGUCAUUUGAGUAGCAUGCUGUCCGCCUAUUGGACAGUUUCUGGGCUUUCGGGGGAGGAGGGUGGAUCUAUUGGAUUAGGUUUUUUUUCGGCUAGGCAGUCCUGAGAGUUUUUUUUGUCAAUUAUCUUGCUUUUCUUUCUGAUCGAGUCAUGCUUUGUCUUUUUACAGAUUUAGUUUGCGCCUGAGCAUUAGCUUACUUUAUAAAAUUUUUAAUUAAACUUUAAAUAUAGAUCUUAAUAAAAUUAAUAUUGUAUCUUAGAAUCUGAACGGUAUGAACCAACCUAUUAAGCACAGAAAGAUUUUUAAGAAAUUAAAAACACUUUAUGCGGAUAUUAUUUUUGCACAGGAAACUCAUAUCCGUAGGCAGGAUGAAAACAGUUUUUUUUUAAUUUUGGAAGGAACCCUUAUUUCAUUCUUUAGCAGUAAAUAAAAUAAGAGGGGUAUCUAUUUUUAUUAAUUCUAAAAUCCCUUUUGUACAUUUUAAUACUGUUACUGAUUUAAUUGGAAGAUAUUUAAUUGUUAUUGCUCUAUGUGGUCAAAAGUUAGCUUUGUUGUGUGUUUAUGCACCUAAUAUAGCUAGCCCUGAAUUUUUUAAGAAGCUAUUUUCUGUGCUGCCGAAUUUAAAUGAAUAUAAGUUGAUUACGGGUGGUGACUUUACCUGCUGUCUCAAUCCGUCAAUUGACAGAUCGUCCACCAAUCCGUCGCUUCGUAAUAAAGCUGCGACUUGUAUUAAUUCUUUUUUAUUAGAAUACGGUCUGGUUGAUACUUGGAGAUUUAUGUAUCCUAAGGAUAAGGAUUUUUCUUUUUUUCACAUGUAUACCAUAAAUACUCAAGAAUUGAUUAUUUUUUGCUGGACACGCGAUUGGUGCCCUCUGUUGCUGAUUGUGCGUAUGAUGUGAUUGUGUUGUCGGAUCAUGCACCCAUGAAAUAAACUUUGAAGUUCUCUGAUAAUAUUCUGAAGAUACCUCAGUGGAGAUUUAAUGCUACAUUUCUACAAGAUUCAACGUUUGUAAGUUUUAUUAAAGAGCAAAUUUCUCUAUUUUUUUAAUUAAAUACAACUGAGGGAAUGUCAAAUUUUGUUAUUUGGGAUACGAUGAAGUCUUUUCAUAGGAGACAGAUGAUUUCAUACUCAGUAGGUUUAAGAAGAAAAACCAAGGUGGAACCUUUAGUGAUUACUAAUAGGAUUAAAGAAAUGAAGUUUAUUCAGUAAUGUCUAGUGAAGAUCUCUAUAAGGAUAAAGGGUGGAACUCUAAACACAGCAUGAUUUGCCUUCGACUUUUCCCAUUGAG